AUGGAUCAAGCAGUCAUUGAAGGUUUACAACAUCUCCAACUCACUAAAGAAGAAGAAGAAGACAUCUCCAUCUCAACCACUAGUAAAUCAAAACUUUUAGAGGAAUGCGCAUUAAGUCUCUUUGGCAGACUCCCAGUAGAUCAAAAUCAGAAUUUGAGAGCGUUGAAAAGCACUCUCAGAUUUGCUUGGAAGUUGGGUUCCGAUUUGAGGAUUAUGGAUGUUGGAAAGAAUAUUUUCAAAUUCAAAUUUAACUCCAAAUACCAGAUGGAAUGGGUUGAAAGGAAUGGACCGUGGAAUUUCGACAACAAUCUCUUGCUAAUGUGCAAAUGGAAAAAGGGAUUAUCAGUCAUAAACAUCUCCUUCACCCACUCUCCAUUUUGGGUUCAAGUUUGGGGCCUUCCCUUUGAGAAUAUGUCUGAAGAAGUUGGAAGGGAUCUAGGCAACAAAUUGGGUAAGUACAUAGAAACAGAUAAACGGUCUUGGCUGUCGGAGCAAGCUAAAUUCAUGAGGGUACGUGUGGACUUACCCAUUGACAGACCACUGCGAAGGGCGACAACAUCGUUAAACCAGAAGGUGAGAAGUUUUGGGUUACUUUCAAGUACGAAAGGGAUUAUCAGUCAUAAACAUCUCCUUCACCCACUCUCCAUUUUGGGUUCAAGUUUGGGGUCUUCCCUUUGGGAAUAUGUCUGA